CUGGGGACCGCGCGCGGGGGGCGGCAGCGCCCGCCCGGCGGAGCGCGCGCGUGGCCUCGGCUGGGCGGCGGCGGCGGCCACCCCGCCUCGGGUUGGGCCAUGCUGGCCAGCACGGCGGUGCGAUGGCUGCCCCAGGAUUUUGUGGAGGCAUCCCAGACAGGCGGUGUCUUCACAUUGUUGGCGUACUUCUUGAUGCUUACCGUUGUCAUAUUGGAAGUCAGAUCGUACGUCGAGCCCUUGUAUACGUCUGCGUACCAGACCCUGCUGUUGCUGGACGAUGAUCACAGCAGCAUGUUACAGAUCAACCUAGAUGUGCAACUUUAUGACAUUGAGUGCCGCCACCUCAAGGUGGCCGUGUUCUCGCGGGGCACCGAGGAGAGGAUGGCCCAGUCGCAGGAUCUCACCCUGCGGCCGGUGGACGUCAAUGGUCGGAUCACCGGCGCGUCGACGAGAAGUACGCAGGCCGCCAGCGACGACGACGAGGACGUUGGCGAGGGCGUCGGAGGACCAGGUCCCGUUCGGCAGGCCGAGCACAAGAAACAGAUGGAGGCGGUGCGCAAGGAGGACGGCAAGGCGGAGCUGGACGCUGACUGGAGCAGCUCGCACGACGGCUUCAAGCACCAGAGUUUCGAUCACGUCAUCCAGGGUCACGACUUCACCUUCGUCAACUUCUUCGCUGGCUGGUGCGGCCACUGCCAGAAGUUCGCGCCGACCUGGAACAACUUGGCCAAGACCAUCCAAGACAUGGAGUUCCUGGACAGCGGCAAGGUCAUGCGGACGGUCCGGCUGAUCAAGAUGAAUUGCGUGGAUUUCCGGGAGCAGUGCCACAAGCUGGGCAUCGACGCGUACCCCACCCUCCGGCUGUACAAGGCUGACGGGUCCUUCUCCGUCUUCGACGGCAACAGGAAGGAAAACGAAAUGCAAAGAUGGAUUGAAAGGACUGUGAAGACGAAGACGUACGCGUGGGGCAAGCACCACGAGGAAUUCGAAAAGGGCUGCAACGUGCAGGGCAAGCUGGACGUUCCGCGCAUGCCCGGCCACCUGGAGCUCACAGCGGGCGGGGGCGACCAGAACCUGAAUAGCAGGAUGACCAACGUGUCGCAUCUGGUGAAGCACUUGUCCUUCUCCCACCCGGCCGACGGCAGAGUCUUCCGCAAGUUGUGGUCGAGCUUCCCGAGCGACGUUGUGAAGCACUUCAACCCGAUUGACGCGAGAAAGUUCGUGACCACGGAAUUCCACCAGGCAUGGAUCCACGACGUGCAGGUGGUUCGCACCGUGAGCACCAACGAGAAAGUUUCUUUCCAGCUCAGCCACCAGAAGCGGCUGACUCAAGUGAAAGAGGAAGAUAUCCCCCAGGCCAUCGACGGCAUGGGCCCUGAGAAGGCGAUCGAGUUCAAGGCGAACCUGUGCAUACUGACCGCAGACGGCUUCAUGCAGUACCUGAAGUCCCCCAGCCGGCUCCGGCCCCAGCCGAUUUUCCCCGGGCCCUGCUGCCGGGAGUUCCUGGUGGCCACCUGCGCCCCCGAGACGGAGGUGGUCGUCUCCGGCAGCGCCGAGCCGGAGGCCCUCGUCACCGAGCCGCUGCGCGAGCUGCUGCCGCUCCCCUCGGCAUACUGCAGGAGGGGCCAGGACGUGAUGAAGGCCCUGGGGGAGUCCCUGGAGGCGAAGGUGGGGCCACCGGCCGAGCCCCGCUUCGCCGCGGCCUACGCUGCCGCGCUGGCCUGCGCCCGGCGGCAGGGACAGCAGAAGGCCAUCUUCCCCGUGCUCUUCGCCGCGGCGGCGCGGUGGCCCAGCGGGCGCUGGUAA